ACCGCGGAGACGCUUCAGCGAAGUUCUCCAGGUCCAGAUAACACUAUCUGCAACGGGUAUUGUUUGAAGCUUUAGCCAGAAAAGGAUACGUAUUAAUUUAAAUAUACGCCUGGUGAAGAAUCGUGUUACCCAUGUAACCAAUUAGGAGACUCGUUAUGUUCACCUGCAAACAAAUUAAACUGCUGGUUUUAGUCGUGUUAGCCUACCAAGAGAGCAACUUGCGAGACAUCAGUUCAUGGCACCGUACACACUGGAACCUUACCAAUCUGAUCACUACAGCUAGAUCAGCGGCUGCAGUUUGAACUAAAGCGCAUGUCUUUAUAUAGGAGUCUGCUGAAAACUAAAUGCUAAGAUGACAAAUAUGAGUUGCUUCGAGCGUCGUCUGAGACGCACAGCGCCAGCACACGGGGGCAGCCAGAAUGAACUUGUCGUAGCACCCACCCACUCCAGGGUGAACGGCUGGUCCUGCCCGCUCCAUGUGCUCCAGCCUCUGGCAUGGCUCGUGUAUGCCUUCAUGGCCAUCGUGGGUUUUGGGGUCUACAUCCCUCUCCUGCCUCCACCAUGGAACUACCUGUCAUACGGGGUGACUGGCACAGCAUGUGUCUUGCAUUUGCUGACUCAUGUGGCAGCGGUGACUAUAGACCCGGCUGACUACAGUGUCCGUGUGAGGAAGGACUACUUAAGCCCCAUGCCUGUCUUUGACAAGAAGAAGCAUCCACACGUCAUACACAAUCAGCACUGCUACUUGUGUGAGGUGGAUGUGGGACCUAAGGUUAAACACUGCAGUAGCUGCAAUAAGUGCAUUGCAGACUUUGACCACCACUGCAAAUGGCUCAACAACUGUGUAGGAGGAAGGAACUAUUGGCCCUUUUUUGUGACUGUCCUUUCUGCGGUUGUGGGGGUCUUCCUCCUUUUUCUGGUCAUUUUGUACAUCUUCAUUGAACACUUUGUGAACCCUGCUAAUCUGCGCACAGCAGGAGCUUUUCAGGGUUUGAAAGGGAACGGGACAUGGCUAGCCUUCCUGCCACUGGCGCCAGUGGAGACCAGUUCGACCAGUCUCCUCGUAUUGGCCUUCAUCACCAUUAUAGUUGCCCUUGUCUCUCUCUUACUGCUCUGCCACUUGCUGGUCUUCCACAUAUAUCUCUUAUCUAAAGGAAUGAGCACAUACGAGUAUAUUGUGAAGCAGCGUCAGCUACAGAGUGCCAGGGAGCAGAAAGCAGGAGGCACUCAGCUGUCUCCAUCUCCUGCUGUAGCCAAGGGCCUUGGUCAUUUGGACAUGCCUAUAGACUGUGAUGCUCCUCUAUCAAGCAGACCAAGUGUCUUCAAAUACCAAGACAGAGGAGAGAUUUCCAGUCAUCUGUCAGGACCCAUCUGUUCAGAGAUGGAUCAUUUUCCUCAUGCAAGUGAUGGAGAGAAUUAUCUUAACUAUGGUUCAAAAGCAUUGCAAAUGGUGCCAGGUGAGGCGGUGGCUGUUCCUCCGGUGGGCUGGAGCCCGAGUCUGAGCCAGGUGCAGAGCCUGCAGGACUGCCAGCAGGGCACCGCUGCCAGGCAUCGCCAGGCUGAGGGAGUCCCUGUCGUCCAGGGCCCUUUGAGCACCUCCGACAUGGACACCACCACUGCCCGACAGCAGCUCAUCCACUGAGACGAGCGCGCAUGCAGCAUCCAAGAGCCGAAGAGGGUGCAGCCCCGCCAGCAGACUGCUCUUACCCACGGAUUGAACGGAUCCAGCUCCCCGAGUUCUUUGUGAGCACUGAAAUCUCGCAUCCAUUAGAUGAAGAAUGAAAGACUGAACUCUGCAGUAGAGUCAGUCUUCAGAAGGGUUGGAGUCCUCGGGUCUUAAUAAUAAUAAAUGGUGCCAUAGCUCACUAGGCCUUAAUUCUAGUAUUCAUAGCUUGAAUAACAACUUCUUUUGUUUUGUUUUUUUUGCUCAAUCCUUCAUCAAGGCCUUGGUCAUUAGCUGAGGGAAGAGAAACACUAAAUCGUAUGCAGUACACAAAUUGAUAACAGCUGACUUGACUCAGAGCGACGUCUCUUGGAGAGUUAAGAGUUAGAUCAUGGGUUAAGACUAAUGCUCAUCAUGCCGCUAUAUGUGCAGUAUACUUUAUGCAAAAUGAGGUUUUUGUCCUUGUAGAAGUUGAACCACCUCGCGAAUGAAGUUUGCAAGGUCCAUGUGGCCUUGGUUUUUUUAAAUAAGGCUUCUUGUAUAUGAGCGCCAACAUUAAUGGUCGGUCUCUACAUCUUAUGUUUGUAACUAUAAACGCACUGAGGUUUCAAUGAUUAACUGUGUGGCUGUUCAAGAUCAGUAAUUUGUAGGCUGUGCCAAUUUCUCAUUUGGAAAGGAGUCACUUGGCCAGCUGAAAAGCAAACUUGCUGAUCUUGUUGAACCACAGAACGAGACCUGGUUUCCCUUUAUAACUGUCAAACUAUAUCAACACUCAAAGUUGUCAACACUUUCAAACUUCACUGCAGUCAAAUGACAGAAACCUGUACCGAAAUGAGUCCCUUGGCUAGCUUCAUAAACAAUCUUACUGAGCUUGUUUACCACAGAACAAAACCUGGAUUCGCUUUACAAUUCAGCGCCUCACUCCCUUUAUAACUCGUGUUCUGUGAUGUAGACAGCUAGGAUCAAAGUAAAGGGAACUUAUAGAAAUGACAAGACACAACUGUCUAAAAUAACUGAAUGGAAAUAAUGUUAUAACGUGAAAUGUCAAUCGUGUGCUCCGUUGAAGUUUAUACUGAAGCUACCCUCUAGAGGGCAGUCAUGUCGUCACCAUAUUUGAUCUCAAAGCACGAUGAUUAUAGCUCAGGACCACAUAAUGGCAUUUAAUACCAGAGCCCAAACCUUGAUACAUUGAUACAUUUGGUCACAAUAGAAAAGGAAAGGGGCAUUUCCUUCUCCAUUGUGACAAAGUUCACGUUUUGGGCUCUGGUAUUAAAUGCCGUUAUCUGACAUUAACAUCAAAGUUCUCUGUGGACCCAUUUUUCCUCUCCUUUCGCGCUCUCUUCGUUGUGCUCGCCCACAUUGCCGCUCUUUUAAGCACAAAAUGACCGGCAGUGCCGAUGUUGUGGUGGGUGAGGUGCUUAUAUAGGCUAUGUAUCCACCAGCAGUCGUCUGCACACGGGACUUCUGAACUCUCCCCCACGUCCUGGAAAUGUUUGUUCCAGAUUACUAGCACACAUGUAUUCAUGAAUUGAUGUUUGCAUAUUUUGAUUUUAUUUUUUAAAAAGAACUGAUCAUUACAUUUGUUUUAAUAACAUUAUGGCAAAUUACUUGUACCUUUAUUUGAUAAUGAAUACCAAAUAAAGUAUAUUUUAAAAACCCA